AUGCAAGCAGCUAUUUACUCAAAGAAUUCGAUCAGUGGUGUUAGAAUUGUCACUAUUCCAAGUCCAACUUUGACAUCAACACUGUAUGAUUCUACUUCCACUAGUGUCAUGCGUUUUUGCCUCUUCCGUUUAAUUGACUUUGUUUGCACUUGCAUGAGCUAUUUCAUGUGCCUACUGCGUUGGUUACUUCCAGGUAUGCCAAGUACGUACGGUGAGGUAGCUGCUCGUCAAUGGGUAUUAUGUCGCGUGUAUUUUGGCGGUGUCAAUCCAGUCGAUGCUAAGUUCCUUUACGGUGACAAACUACCGCACUUCUGUCUGUCCCUUGUGAAAUGGUUUGUUGAAGGCCGAAUCUGUGGUAUAGACUUCAGUGGCGUGGUGAUUGAAGCACCUCCAGGUUGUGGAUAUGCAGUUGGAGACGCCGUAUUUGGAACAAUUCCUCCGUUUUGCGGUUCAUUUGCAGAAUAUGUACGAGCACCAACUGAUUUUAUUAGCCACAAACCGAAUAACAUGUCAUUUGCCGAAGCCUGUGCACUUCCUUUAGUAGGUUUGACAGCCAUGCAAGCUUUUGAUGACAAUGGUUUAACGGCUGGACAGCACGUUCUGGUUCUAGGUGCUUCGGGAGGAACUGGUCAUAUGGCCGUACAAAUAGCUAAAAUCAAGGGUGCAAGAGUAACUGCUGUGGCUGGCUCACGGAACAUAAGUUUUAUUAAAGAUCUUGGCGCAGACGAUGUUAUCGCCUAUGAUGGAUGUGAAGAUGUCUUGGAAAGUUUACGUGCUGUUACAUCGCGUACUGGUCCAUUCAACUUGGUCUUUGACUCAGUAUCUUCUCAUGACCCGCGAGAUGCGACUUUUGCUUAUGAAAGUAGAAUUCGUAACGUAACACCUAAAUUGUUGUCUGGAAUGUAUAUUUUUAUUGGAGGCGUUGUAACUGAUUGGGUGCUUGCGCACAUAAAACGAUUUUUUGGCGUCAAUUGUUUCUCACCAGGCAGGCAGUUAUUCUGGGUGAGAUUUCCGGACAGUGCUAAAAGACUUAAUUUACUUCGUCAAUUUUGUGAGGCGAACCAAAUCAAGGUUAGAAUAGCCAACUGCAUGCCAUUUACAGAAGAAGGUGUUCAAGAAGCAUUUCGCUUGCAAAUGAACCGUCGUACAGUGGGUAAAAUAGUCAUUGAAAUCGGUACUGAAAAUCAAUAA